AUGGCUACGUGUUUGCAUUAUCUUCUUGUGGGAUUUCUCAUUGCCAUUACUCUCAGUAUCGAUGCAGCAUCCGCAGGAAUCACACGGCGCUACAAGUUUGAUAUUCAACUAAAAAACAUUACAAGGUUGUGCAAGACAAAAUCAAUCGUGACGGUCAACGGAAAAUUCCCAGGUCCUAAGGUUACUGCAAGAGAAGGAGAUAAUCUACAGAUCAAAGUUGUGAAUCACGUAUCCAAUAACAUUUCCAUACACUGGCAUGGGAUAAGACAGCUACGGAGCGGGUGGGCGGAUGGACCAUCGUAUGUGACACAAUGUCCAAUUCAGACCAGACAAAGUUAUGUUUACAACUUCAUGGUGACCGGACAAAGAGGAACAUUGUGGUGGCAUGCUCACAUUCAAUGGAUGAGAGCCACCGUGUAUGGACCCUUGAUCAUUCUCCCUAAACUCCACCAACCUUAUCCUUUUCCUAAACCAUACAAACAAGUCCCUAUUAUCUUUGGUGAAUGGUUUAAUGCUGAUCCUCAAACCGUGCUACAACAAGCUCUUCAAACGGGUGGAGGCCCAAAUGCAUCUGAUGCUCAUACUUUUAACGGACUUCCAGGCCCAUUGUACAAUUGCUCCACAAAAGAUACAUACAAGUUAACGGUGAAACCUGGAAAGACAUAUCUACUACGACUGAUCAAUGCUGCACUCGAUGAUGAACUCUUCUUCACCAUAGCCAAUCACACAUUGACGGUGGUCGAAGCUGACGCUAGCUACGUUAAACCAUUCCAAACCAACAUUGUGCUUCUCGGUCCGGGCCAAACCACCAACGUACUACUCAAAACCAAACCUAUCAACCCAAAUGCAACCUUCUACAUGCUUGCAAGAACUUACUUCACCGGCCAGGGAGUCAUCGAUAACACAACCGUCGCCGGAAUUCUCAAAUACCAGCUUAAACCGACGUCAAAUCAUUUUAACUCUUCAAAAAAUCUUCCUAUCAUCAAACCAUCUCUCCCUCCCAUCAAUAGUACAAGCUACGCCGCAAAUUUCACCAAAAUGUUUAGAAGUUUGGCAAAUUCUAGGUUUCCAGCAAACGUGCCAAAAACCGUUGAUAAGAAGUUUUUCUUUACCGUUGGUUUAGGAACCAACCCUUGCCCUAAAAACCAAACAUGCCAAGGACCAACAAAUACCACGAAAUUCGCAGCAUCUAUCAACAAUGUGUCUUUCAUCUUACCAAACAAGACAUCUCUAUUACAAGCUUACUUCUCUGGCAUGUCCAAGAGAGUCUUCUCGACGGAUUUCCCAAGUGCUCCUGUUUUCCCAUUUAAUUACACGGGCUUGCCACCAAACAACACAAAUGUGUCAAAAGGGACCAAGCUCGUGGUCUUGAAGUACAACACAACUGUUGAACUGGUCUUGCAAGGCACUAGCAUUUUGGGUAUUGAGGCACAUCCUGUUCAUCUUCAUGGCUUCAACUUUUACGUGGUGGGUCAAGGCUUUGGCAAUUUUGACCCGACCCGUGAUCCAAAACAAUAUAACUUAGUCGACCCGGUCGAACGAAACACCAUCAAUGUUCCCUCCGGUGGUUGGGUUGCAAUCCGCUUCCUUGCCGAUAACCCUGGUGUGUGGCUAAUGCAUUGCCACAUCGAGAUUCAUUUGAGUUGGGGUCUGUCGAUGGCUUGGGUUGUUUUGGAUGGAGACCUUCCAAAUCAGAUGAUCCUUCCUCCACCUUCAGAUUUCCCUAAAUGUUGA